UAUCAUGAUUUCCAUUUUUCCGGAGAUCGUUACUGUCACCUUUCCCACUGCCCUCCCUUCUGUUCUUGAUUUUUCCAGAUUUGGCGGUGGGAUUUCUUACCAGUUUCUUUUAAUGGAGAAUGUCAAAGCUGAAGAGAUGCCUCAUUCAGAACCAUCUUUAUCCACUGAAGAUAUUCAUCACGCUUCAACUGAUACCGUUACUAACGGGGAAAACCAAUCUGCCUUACAGUUUUUAGAGAUGGAGAACUCCAAACCACCCUCUUUGCAAAAUGCUUCUGUGGUCCCAAUUCCAAUUCAAGAAAAUAACCUCCCAGAAGAAAGUAUAGUGACAACUUCACCUAUUAUGAUUGAUCAAACAUGGACAUACCAUCAAGAUCCAUUGGUGGAUGAUUCUAGAACUACAGAAAAAGAUGACCCUUUUGAUAGAUUAGCUUCUGCUAACAUUUCUCUAGUUUAUAUUGAUGAUGUGAUUUCACCUCAUGCUUCCUCCACGGAGGCAGUAGACUCUAAAAGUAGCCAUGAAACACCGCCUGGUGAGCUUACUCCUUCACAUAAGGAGAUCAUUGAUGUUUCUGUUGGAUCUGUACAUGAUGCUGAUACUUCCGGUGCACAACAAUCUCAGUUUUCUGAUACCAUUGUCAACACUGAUUUCAAUGUUGGCGACACAGUGUUCCCUCAUGUUUCCUCCUCUAAGACGGUAGAUUCUGAAAGUAGUAACCAUGCACCAUCAAAUGAAAAUAACUCUCAGGUUAAAAUUGAUAACUUUGUUAUUAGACGUUCCAUUUCCUCUCCUGUUUCCUCUUCUAAGGUAGGAGGAAAGGUAAAUGAGCACUACGUAGCACCACUUCAUGAGCUUGUAAUGCCCAACAGGAAGAUCGGCUUCUCAGUUGGAUCCCCUAAAUCUCUUACUCCUAAGAAUGUUACGAUAGGUCUUAUUGAUACUGCCGCUCCUUUUGAAUCUGUUAAAGAAGCCGUGUCCAAGUUUGGAGGAAUUGUUGAUUGGAAAGCACAUAAAGUGGAAACUGUGGAGAGACGCAAGAUUAUAGAACAAGAACUUGAGAAAGUACAGGAUGAGAUUCCUGAAUAUAAGACACAGCUAGAGCAUACUGAAGAAGCAAAAAACCAAGUGCUAAAAGAGUUGGACAGCACAAAGAGACUUAUAGAAGAGUUGAAGCUGAGUUUGGAGAGAGCACAAACAGAAGAGCAUCAAGCAAAACAAGAUUCUGAACUAGCUAGGCUUAGGGUAGAGGAGAUGGAACAAGGGAUUGCUGACGAGGUUAGUGUUGCAGCAAAGACACAGCUUGAGGUUGCUAAAUCUAGGCAUGCAGCCGCAGUUUCAGAGCUAAAAUCUAUUAAAGAUGAAUUGCAAUCAUUGCAAAAGGAAUAUGCUUCUUUGGUGAGUGAGAAAGAUAUAGCUAUAAAGAAAGCUGAAGAGGCUGUUUCUGCGUCAAGGGAAGUUGAGAAAACGGUGGAGGAAUUGACUAUUGAGUUGAUUGCAACAAAGGAGUCUUUAGAGUCUGCACAGGCUGCCCACAUUGAGGCAGAAGAAAAAAAAAUUGGGACAGCCUUGGCCAAGGAUCAAGAUACUCACCUUUGGGAGAAGGAAUUAAAACAGGCAGAAGAGGAGCUCCAAAAAAUUAAUCAGCAAAUUCAUUUAGCAAAAGAGCUAAAAUCAAAACUAGAUACAGCUUCAGGCUUACUACUCGAUUUGAAAGCUGAAUUGGCAGCUUACAUGGAAUCUAGGGUCAAGGAGGAUACUAAUGAGUUGCAGCAAUCUGAUAACCGAACUCAUACUGAUAUACAAGCUGCAGUUGCCUCAGCAAAGAAGGAACUGGAAGAAGUGAAGUUGAAUAUCGAGAAAGCAACUGCUGAAGUGAAUUGCUUGAAGGUGGCCGCCAAUUCAUUAAAAUUGGAGCUAGAAACUGAAAAGUCAACCCUUGCCACCAUUAGGCAGAGAGAAGGAAUGGCAUCAAUUACAGUUGCUUCUCUGAAAGCUGAUUUGGAUAACACUAUGUCAGAAAUAGCCUUAGUCCAGAUGAAGGAGAAAGAAGAAAGAGAUAAAAUGGCAGAGCUGCCCAAGCAACUACAGCAAGCAGCACAAGAGGCUGAUGAAGCCAAGGCACUUGCUGAAAUGGCCCGUGAGGGGUUGCACAAGGCAAUGGAAGAGGCAGAGCAAGCAAAAGCCAGAGCUAAUACCGUAGAAAGUAGAUUACAUGCAACACAAAAGGAGAUUGAAGCUGCUAAGGCAUCAGAAAAGUUAGCUUUAGCGGCUAUCAAAGCAUUGCAAGAGAGUGAAUCUGGUCAAAGCACCAACACUGGGGAUUCACCUACUAAAGUAACACUUUCUUUGGAAGAGUACUAUGAACUAAGUAAACGUGCCUCUGAGGUAGAGGAACAAGCCAACACGAGGGUGGCAGCGGCCCUUUCUCAAAUUGAGGAAGCAAAACAGUCUGAGAUGAAAACCAUGCAAAAGUUGGAAGAAGCAACCAGAGAAAUAGCAGAGAGAAGGGAAGAACUGGAAUAUGCAAUGGAGAGGGCAGAGAGGGCCAAGGAAGGAAAGUUGGGUGUAGAACAAGAGCUGAGAACGUGGAGGGCUGAACACGGGCAACGACGGAAUGCCACUGAAUCUAAUCAUGGAGUAAAAUCUCCUAGAGCAAGUUUUGAAGUGGGGAAUGAAGCUAAGACUUCUGAUGCCACAGCCGCACCAAAAACCACUGUCAUGUCAAGCCCAGAGGAAAAAGUGCCUGUAAGUAACAACCAAACUGAGUCACACCCAGGGACAGAAAAGGUUGGAAAGAAAAAGAAAAAGGGAUUCUUCCCAAGGUUUUUUAUGUUUCUGGGCAGAAAAAGGUCACAUUCAUCCAAGUCCCAGUAAGUCUCACCAAAACAAUUUGUGUUGUCUUUACUAUUGUGAUUUUCCCUCCCUUUUUUUGUUGGGGUUGUCACAAAGUGACUACAGAAUCUGAAUAUGGGGUGACAAAAACUUCUUUAGGUGAGUGUAAAUUUGAUUAAUUACUUGAUAAAUUUGGAUUAUAUUUUUGCUUACUAAGAGUGGGUUGGGAGGCAAAUUGUAAAACUGAAUUAGUCCAAGUUUUGUCUUUGAAAAUUAUGUUUUUCUUUUUCUAACAAGCUUACUCUAGUUUUGUAAAAUGCCUGAAAGAAAUUAGAAUAAUAAAUUCAUCUUUGGUUU